UUGGACUUAAAAGCAAGCCUUGUAUGCUUUCUGGUGAUAUCUGUAAGUAUGUGUUUGAGGAGAAUGAGCGUAAUGAUCGGCUCGAUGAGGCUGAGGUUGAGCAGCCAGGCUUGCGCAUGCGCAGUAGCGUCUGAGGGUAUUUAAAUAUGGGCUGAAGAGUCCUGCAGCUCAACACAAGCAGUUCUUCUCGCCAGUGUGAGAGUUACACCAACCCGUCACAAUGAGCUGGGCCAUCAGCACUCUGGCCGUCGGGAUGGUCACUCUUCUGCUCAUUCAGAGGAAGUUUUACCCCUGCUUUUGGGACGACUUGAUGUACUACGCGAGAGUUCGGCGCGUGGGGAGCAUGAUGAUGGCGAGGAUGAAGCGCGGGGUUGUCACAUAUCUCCAGUGCUUUGAGCUCCAAGCCAGAAACAUCCCAGAGAAAGCCUUCAUAGUGUUCGAAGAGCAGACCCUCACUUACAGGGCCGUGGAUGCGCGGAGCAACAGAUUCGCAAACGCGUUGAAAUCGCACUGCGGUCUGAAACACGGCGAUAUCGUGGCGCUGCUGAUGAACAACGAGGCGGACUUCAUCUGCGUCUGGUUCGGACUCUGUAAACUGGGCUGCGAGGUCGCGUUUCUCAACUUCAACAUCAAAUCUCAGUCGCUGCGGCACUGUCUGCACAGCUGUGGAGCUAAAGCGCUCGUCAUCGGCUCAGACUUGAUCAGGUGUGUGGACGAGGUGCUGCUGGCUCUGACGGACGCUGGGCUUGAGGUUUGGGUGGCAGCAGAGAGCUCCUCACACCAGAGCGUCGGGACGCUGCUGGACAAGCUGGAGUCAGCCUCUCCAGACAAGCCCGAGACUGACGGCCCUCAGCCCAACCUCAUGAACAACUUCCUAUUUAUCUUCACCUCUGGCACCACAGGGCUGCCGAAGGCUGCUCGGAUCAGUCACAUCAAAGCGGUGAUGUGCAUGGCCUUCCUGCGCUUGUGUGGCGCUCGAGCCUGUGACCGAGUCUAUCUGACGCUGCCGCUCUAUCACAUGUCUGCAUCACUGCUCUGCAUCGGCGGCUGCAUCGAGCUCGGGGCGACCUGUGUUUUGAAGAGGAAGUUCUCUGCCAGCCAGUUUUGGAAGGACUGUGUGAAGUAUGAUAUUACUAUGUUUCAGUAUAUUGGAGAACUCUGUCGAUAUCUGGUCAAUCAACCAAAGACUGCAGAGGAAGUGGCUCAUAAAGUUCGCCUCGCCGCAGGAAGUGGUCUCAGAGCCGACGUUUGGAAGGAGUUUCUCAGGCGUUUUGGAAAAAUCCAAAUUCGUGAAGCUUAUGGUUUAACGGAGGCCAGUAUUGGCUUCGUUAAUUACACUGAUGAAAUUGGACCGAUUGGGCGAGCCAGUUAUUUUAAUAAGCUCAAUUUGCCGUUUGAGUUUUUAAAAUGUGAUCCACACACAUAUGAGCCCAUACGCACAGACACGGGACACUGCAUUAAAGUGAGUAAAGGGCAAGCAGGGUUACUGGUGGCUCCAGUGAUGUUCACCAACCCUUUCCUGGGAUACGCAGGCGAUAAAGCCAUGUCUGAGAGGAAGCUGCUGAGGGACGUCUUUAAGUGCGGAGAUGUGUACUUCAACACUGGAGACCUGAUGCUUCAGGACCACAGAAACUUUGUCUACUUCAAAGACAGGAUUGGAGACACAUUCAGGUGGAAAGGAGAAAACGUGUCCACCACAGAGGUGUCUGAAGUGCUGGGCUGUCUGGACCUCCUGCUGGAUGUCAGUGUGUACGGCGUCACUGUGCCAGGAUACGAGGGUCGAGCAGGAAUGACUGCUGUUGUGCUGAAGGACGGUCAUGGAUUGGAUGGAGAGAGGCUCUACAGUCAUCUGCUCCACACUCUUCCUCCGUACGCAUGGCCCUGCUUUCUGAGAGUGCAGGUACGUUUGCUGGCCUGUGCGGUUUGAUCAUUAUAUUUUCUCAAGUUGAUACGUCAGGCCAGACACACAGGUUUCUCAAAAAGUUUUGAAAAUGUAUUUGCAUGAGUCUUCUGUGAUCAGAAAAUGUUUCGGACCCUGUUUCCACCUGUUUUUAGCGUUAUGUAUCCUGAGACCUGCUGACCGUAGCUGACAGACCUGCUGUGAGCACCGCGGUUAUUAAUCAGCGCUAUAUGCUUUUGCUAAAGCCGCCAGUCUACAUUAUUUCAACUCGCUUUGUAAAUUU